AUCUACGAUAAAAAUUUGAUUCAACAAGAGCAAUUGGUCACUGUGUGGGUGGGUGGGACGAAACGAUUGCUUACUAACCAGCAUUGCCAUGAUAUAUGACGACUGUUUGUUGAGUAUAUAUGUACAGAAUAUAAAAAAAUUUUGUUAAUUCAACUCUACUCUAUUGUCUGUUGUGGCAUUUAAAAAUUAACCAGGAUGAAGUGUAUCAUUAUAUUUAUUUUACUGAGUCUGACGUCUAUUAAUAUAAACGCUGCAGAUGAGGAUAUAUUGCAAGAGAGUUUUAGAAGAGCAUUAAGUAACUUACGUGCAAAAGUUGCAAAAGAUCAACAUGAUGCUCAUGUUGAUGUGGUCAAAGAUGAAGAAGAAGAAGACCAAGAAGAAGAAGAAGCUUUUGAUAAAUCAUAUGAAGACAUAAUUACAACGACAAAAGCACCAGUCACAAGAAAAUCUUCUACAAGAUUAAAAAAUCUAUCAACAAGAAGAUUUUUUGGACCAUUACCUAAUGGGUUAAUGAAUGGCUUGUCAAAAUUUAUUCCUGCUAUUCAAAAAAUGCUUGACAACUUAUUGGCUAUGUGUCGAGGAACUCCAAUCCAGGGAUUCAUACAAUUUAUCGUGACUAUGUUUAACAAUUUUUUCGGUAAAAUCAAUCAAUUUCCAGUAACAAAUUUUGGCGAUGGAUUUCAAGGAAAAAAAUUAGCAGGAGUACCAACAAAUAUUCCACCAACAAAUAUUCCUAUAGUAAACAAUUUAGUUGUUUAACUAAUCGACUAAUUUAAAAAUUAUAUAUUUUAUUUCUUUUUCUAAAAAAAAAAAAUAAUAAUAAUUUGAAUAAAUUUUAUCUUUUUUAUUCUUCAAUAAUAAUGAUGAUAUAAAAGAAUAAAAUAUUAAAUGACUUUUAACUAUUUAAAACUCUUAAUUAUGAUUCAAAAAUAAAUUGACAAUAAUUUGAAUUAUAAAUGCAAUAAAACAUGUUAAAUUUUAAUUGAAUUUUAAUUUAAAAUUAAGUUAAAAUAAUUUCUGACUAGUGAUAUAAUUGUGGCAAGUAAAAAAUAAUUGAUAAUUGAUAGUAAUUUUGUUGAUCACAACAAGUAUAUUGUAUAUUAACAUGAAUACAAUAUAUAUCGACUACCGAGUUAUUUU